AACAGUUUUCAGAAUUGACCAGAGAAAUCAAGGGAAGCGCGUAUUACUGUCACAGUGACUCUCGGUCAAAUUGAUGGAUUAUCGUACAUUUAAAAGCGAUAUUAGGAUCAGUUGGACCCCGAAAAAUAUUGACUUUCAGCUGGUAAUGUAUUUUUCACAGCAUAUGUCUGAUUUUCCUCUAUGAACGGAUGUGUUAUUAUCAGCGGACGGACACUCGCGUUAUACGAAUAUGUCAACCGUAUGAGGUCUGAUCAUUUGACACAUCCGCCGACGUUAAAUAGACACACAUUGCUCAUAGUUAAGUUGUUGCAAUGGCUAUGGCGUUGAGUUGCUUCAGUGGUCCCGAGAUGUUGGAGGACGUGAAUCAUGCUCGGGGUUUGAUGGACGAGUUGAAAUCCCUCUACGACUGCCGCCUGCUCGCGGAUAUUACUAUCGGAGUGGAGAGUGAAGAGGGAGAGUCAAACGUGGAGACACCCAGGGGUGACAUUGGACAACUUUUCCUGUGCAGCCGCAACGUCCUCGCAGCUGCCAGCCCUUACUUCAAAAGCAUGUUCACCGGGGGGUUAAAUGAAAGCAUGCAACAGAGAGUGGUGAUCCGCGGGGUGGACUCUGAGUCCAUGUCUGUUAUCAUCGACUACUGUUACACAGGCAGGGUGACUAUUACGGAGAGCAACGUCCAGAGGCUUUACGCAGCAGCAAACAUGCUCCAGCUGGAGUACAUAAGGAAGGCCUGCUCCAGCUUCAUGACAAGGAGACUGGACCUCUCAAACUGUGUGGGCAUACUGAAAUUUGCUGACUCUUAUGACAAUCCUGAAUUGAAGGCGACUGCUCAAGCCUUUAUAGCCAGGAACUUCAGCCCAGUGUGUAGUGGAGGGGAGCUAUGUGAGUUGGAUUUGACACAACUGAAGGAGAUAUUGUCUCUUGACGCUUUGGAUGUGGACUGUGAAAGAAAGGUGUGCUCAGCGGCUUUGCAGUGGAUAGAGGCGAAUGCACCACAGAAAAGGGAGGAUGCAUUACAGGCAUUGAAAUGCGUACGCUGGAACUUGUUUACAGAGAAGGACAAGUGUUACCUGGAGGGUCUCAUGGCCAGGCCUUUAAUUGAGAAAUACCUUGAAACCUUCUUUAACAAGUCUGCAGACGACAGCCCUGGCAUACCUGCACCUCUGGACAUACCAAAACAGAGAAUAGGUGUUAAUGCAAAAGAAAUGAUCCUCUUUUUUGGCCUGCCAAACGACAACAUCAUGUGCUGCGACCCUUACUCGGGGGACUUGUAUUUCAUGGCUCCUCCUUUAGAAGACCUCAGCAGUCAGGAUUACAAACGCUCAACCAUGGAGUCCUUAAUCGCCUGUGCCAGCCCUGACAACAACUUGUACCUAGCCUCCCACCUCUCGAAACACUUCUGGCUGUACAACCCUGUGAUGAACAGCUGGCAGGAGUUAGCAGAAAGGCCACUGGGGAGGAUUCACUCCGGAAUGGGCUACCUCAACGGCCAUGUGUACCUCCUGGGAGGUAGAAACCCAGUGACGGAUGCCAGACUGAAGGAAGUGGAGUGUUACAGCAUCCAGAGGAACCAGUGGACAUUUGUGGCUCCUUUGCCUCAUUCCUUAGGUAAAAUGCAGGUGGUGGCCCUAAACGAUCAACUGUAUGUGGUGAAUAAAAGGAGAAUGCUUUGCUAUGAUCCCAGGAGGAACCGCUGGCGCCACUGUGGGUCACUAAGGAGGGACAAGCUUCACAAGGCCUGUGUGUAUCAGGACCAGAUCAUCUGUGUGUGUGACAUCCCUGUGGUGAAAGCCUACAGCCCCACCCGAGGGGAAUGGAAAAGGCUGGGGGACAUUCCCAUUGACAGUCGGGCCCUGAACUACCAGGUGAUCCAGCACAACAACAAGCUGCUCCUCCUCACUCAGACUUUACUGCAGCACAACAAAAACAGGGUCCUCAUUCAUGAAUACGACCCCGGCAGGGACAACUGGAAGAACAUCAUGGCGGUAUAUGUGUCCACCCUGGGGCCCGUGUGCGUCUCCACACGCGUGUACCCGUCAUGUCUUGGCUCUGCGCACAGCUUCUCUACAGAGGAGGACGAUGACAGUGGCUCUAGUGCCGACUGGGACUUUGAUGGGUUGACAGACGCAGACUCUGACUCUGGCAGCUCUAGCUCUUUCUCAGAUGAGAACUGGUAGUCAAAUGUGUAACUGUGUCAAUAAAAGUUUGAAUUAUUUAUCUAUAAUUGAUUUUUUUACAGGGUUAUGACUGCCAGGAAAAGAUCAGAGAUGAAUGAAGUAUUAAAGCCAGCCAUACAGUAGAAGGAGUCCAUUGAAACCUUUAUUUCACAUAGAUGGAUAAUGAUUAUUUUUGAAAGAAAAUAAACUUAGCAGAGUUUGUUUCAGAAAUGCCAAGAGACAAGGCUUUUUUUGUUCAAUUUCUAUCAUAUGCUGCCACCAAGAAGGUCUAGUAAAUUCUUGUUUACACAAUUACUCUUGACUAAUAUGUGAUGGGAGUUCGUCUUAAGAGCCAUAAUUUAGCACAUUCAUAAGGGCAGCUGAAUGCAAGUGACAUAACAUUUGAAUGUUUUGCCUCUUAGGUUGUCUAUAAUGCAAUCGUUUCCAAACUGAGCCUUUGGAAUUCAACUAUAAUUUAAUCUACCUUUUCAUUGGUGAUGUUAUCACUUCCACCUGUGCUCCACUUGUCGAAAUGUCUGUGAACAUUUCUAAUUUAAGAGUACUUUGAGGCGGCAACAUAAAAGUAACUAACAAACAAGUAGCCUACAAAAUAAUAGGCAAAAAAACUAGUGAUACUAAUCAAGGCACAUCAUUUAAAUAAAAAUACAAAGACCUAUAUCUAAUCUGCUCUUGAGUCACUAUAGCAUGGAAAUGUUGUGUGUGUAUGUUGCAUCUGUCAGCUUCAUUUGUUUGUAUUUCUUUCGGUGCGAUAUAGCAAAAAAAAAAGUUUGGGAACCGAAUCCCUCAUGCAAAUUGCUUUAUAUUUGAAAUUUCUCCUCCAGAGUUACUAAAUAGUUUUUAGUUAAUAGUGUGCACGGGUUGAGUAGUUAUCCCUAAAAGAAAAUUGACUUGCGUGUUAUAUCACCAUAUUUCCCCUUUAAUGCUCAGAAAUUGUGUUAUGUUGUAUAAAGACAGAAAUAUAGAUUUUAUUUAACUUUAAUAAAUGAGCACGUCUGCUGACGAUUGCUGUGAAAUCAUGACUGAGACUUUUGGGGCGUCAGGCAGCUGAAGUGCCUCAUGGUUAUGACUCAACAAAACGUGAAGGGCUUGAAAAUGUGCCAUCCUUUUUUUUAUCUUGUUAAUGCACUCCCAAUAUGUCACACACAGCUGGGUGUGUACAAGCCAAUGUACUGUAAGCUCACUCAGGUCUAGGCUUCAGCAAAAGCCUCACUGCCAUGAUUUAUUUGAGGAAGUAAAAUGAACUGAUGUUUGGUGACAAACUAUACACUUUGUGUAUUUUAUUUUUUUUAUUAUUUAAUGGAGUUUAUGUGUUUUCUUAUCUAUGAUUUUUCAUUUAAGAAGUGUGUUGUAUCCCGGGAGCCAAAAUGUUGAGUAUUGGUUGGUCCUGAUCAGCUGUUUUAGUUUGAGGACAUUUUGUUUGCAUGGCGACUAAAAACCUGUUGCAAAGCCGUCAUCCUUCCCAAGCAGACAUACACUCAGUUACCAGUUUAUUGUAUUUAUUUAUUUAUUAGUUAUGUUGAAGAAAAUAGAUGGGUUUCCAAUGUGGCUUCUCUCAUCGAUAUUAAUGCUUUAUACAAAUAUUAAAAUCAUCUCCCAGUAUAUAUCAAAAUAGAAAUAACUGCAGCCUCUUAAUUUAACAUAAAGUUUAAUGAACCCCUUUAUAACAAUGACAAUGAGCCUUUUGGUUUGAGCUAGUUGUUCACAAUAAACUGGUAAAUAAGUGAAGUGCUUAGUGUUGUCCCCUGUAUGAUGCAUAACUGAAGUGUUCGGUUUUUAGUUGUCUCUGUGGGAGAGAGUUUACUUUAUUGGACUCCAGUAGUUGUACUGUAACUCAAAGAAGACAAUAUUUAAAUAAGGUGAAACUAUCUCACUUUUCACAAUCAUGCAUUGUUUGUGUUAAUGUUGUGUAAAGCCAUAUCCACAAAACGAAGGGAUUUGGAAAUACUCGCCAUGUUAACACAUACAUGCUUUAACACAAUAGUGUUAUAGGUUCAAAUUAAAAGUUAUAUGUGCUUAUACAGACUUUUUAUCAACACAGAUAAAAAGUGCAUGUUUUCGGAUUGUCUUCUGUGGGUUACAACUAAAGUCUGAGUUAAAAAUGACCAUGAAAGGUUGAUUGGCUGAGCUAACACAUGGUCGGGAUUAUAGUUUUUUUUGGUGUUCGUUUCAAAUAAAUGUGUCUGAUGCAGAA